GAUAACGACAAAUUUGCUCUCAAGCCUACCACACUGCAGGUCAUGAGCGGCGAGUUUGCUGUGGUCGUAGGCCGCAUUGGUAGCGGCAAGUCGUCACUGUUGUCUGCUAUUUGCGGUGAGAUGCCAAUGACCGGCGGCCAGGGGUGUGUGUAUGGGCGAAUUGGCUAUGUCAGCCAGAAGCCCUGGAUCAUGAACACAACACUUCGUGAGAACAUACUGUGCGGCCUGCCUUUUGACGAGGACUUUUACUGGAGAGUUAUCGAGGCAUGCGCACUGGCCGACGACAUUAGCCUAUUCCCCGCCAAGGAUCUGUCUGAAAUCGGCCACAAGGGCAUCAAUCUGUCUGGUGGCCAGAAGGUGCGGCUGGCGCUUGCUCGCGCUGUUUAUUCGCGCGCAGACAUAUUCAUUCUCGAUGAUCUGCUCGCUGCUGUGGAUGCCUACGUCGAGCGCCAGUUGAUUGAUCGAGUGCUGAUUGGAAACGGUAUGCUGGCAGGCAAGACACGCAUCUUGGUCACGCAUGCCGAACACGUUGUUCCCUUCGCUGACAGGAUCAUCACGCUUGACGAUGGGCACGUA